GAACAACCCUCACCCCAAACAAUGGUGCGGGAUUUAUAUUAUGAAAAAAAAUCAUCAUUGUAAAAAUUUGUCUGCUUAUGUGGUACUAAUUCAUUAAAAGUCCUUACAACGAUGAGAAUGGAAGAAGCAAUGGAGCAACCGAUACUUCCGGGACAACUUGAUAUAUUUGAUGAACAAUCUAAUCAAGAUCAUAGCUGCUGGUUAUGCCAGAGCGUCAAUCGUCCUCUUGCUCCGCUAUUUUCAGAAGACCCUUCGUCGGAACUAAACAGGCAGCUGAUUUUUACUUGUUUGGAAAUUGAGGUUCAUCACCGCAAUGCGGAUGCCUCUGUAUGCACCGAUUGCAUCGAUAAACUGAAUUCUUUCAGCUGGUUUAGUCACCAGGUUAAGGGUAAUGAUUCAUUUUUGAAGCAAUUUCCGGAGGAGUUCAUCCGCGAUGGUGAACGGUUCUGUCGAUUGUGUUUGGCUACCAAUGGACAUCUGCAUCAAGAGUUUUUCGAGGAUGGGCAGCCAAACUUUGAACUUGGUGCCAUUAUCGAGGAAUGCACCGGGGUAGAGGUUAAUUGUUACCGGAACUAUAAGUCACAUAUCUGCACCAUGUGUCGGACGCAAUUGGAGAUGUUUGUUACCUUCAAACGAAUAUGCCGUCAUAUUCGAGAGAAAAAUAAAAUGGAAUCUUCAAAUGAAACGGAAGAAUUUUCGUUUGAGCCGGUGGAAGAUGAAAACGGUACGGCCUUGCUUGGUUUUCUGCUUAGCGAUGAUGAAUCCAAUGAACAGAAAGCCAAACGAAAGCGCACAGAAAAAGAUCUGCCAAAAAGCAAACCAAAAAAAGUUAAAAGCAGUACAUUUCCGACGGUUAAAAAAAAAACUUGGAAGACCGUGGAUCGUAAGGAUAUUUUUCGUAUGCUGUGGUCUGCGGAUGACGAGCGGAGUUUCGAAGUCAUCAAAGAGAAAAAGGGACGAGCGAGCAUAUGUGUUGCCGGCUAUGUAUUCUACUUCUGUAAUGUAAAACCAGACGGUUCCAGUGUUUGGAAUUGCGAAUGGAGAAAGCUGCACAAAUGCUCGUCUGUAGCGUCCGUCAGUGCCGAUGGAAAAAUUGCAUCUCUCAGCAAAAAUAUGCAACACACUCAUGGAACCGGAACUUCACGACUGAUGAUGUGUCCACCUGGAAAAGGAUUCAUUCUCCAAAAGGACGGAACUAAGGAACCGUUAUGGCUGCUGCAUUUCUUGACCGCCGGCAGGAGUCAAGACCGGCAGUUAAUAUACCGCGGUCGGCGGUAUUCGCUGAAUACAAUUAAUAACGAUAACGAUACUAGCGAAUGGAUUUGUAGGCACAAAUCGUGUCGUUCUGUCAUUACUGUUACCGGUAUAUUCAAGCUUAUCACCCCCUUACGGGGUGUGCACCAACAUCCCCAAAUAACGGAACAGGAAAUUCGGGAAGCUUUAAUUUCGUGCAAGAUAAAGAAGACGUCAGAAGACGUGAUCACUCCGUUUCGGGAAAAGAAUGUUUUGGAGUGGCGCAAUAAAAGCAACUCCAUAGACAAACUAACGGCUCCUCAAAUAUACACAACACUAGCUUCUAGAGAUGCCGAUCGAAAUUAUGAAGUAUUUGAAAUUCGUGGGAAUCGAUACAAAAUACUACACCGAGGCCAUUUCUACAAAUAUUACUUGCGGGAAACGGGUGGAUCUUCUAUAUGGAAGUGUGUAUGGGAAAGUAUUCACAAUUGUAUGGCCAUAAUCGCAGUGUCGAAUGAUGGGAAAACUGCUUCCAAUUACGGACAGGUAGAGCACACUCAUCCUUUUGAAUUUGCCGACAUUUUCACCUACCACUUGAAGGAAUAUUCGGUUCGGAAUAUUACCGGCGAGAUAUAUGAAACUGUCCAGUUACUUUCCCGGGAGUGUUUAUAUUUCUUCAGUCGAGCGAUAGUACAUCAAAAUCAUAUUUACAAUCUGCGACUCAUCGUUAAUUCUGAAACCAGAUGGGCUUGUCACAGAUUGGACGCUCAGAGAAGGCAAUGUCCGGUUGUGUUUAUUGUAAAUGGUCACUUCGAAACAUUUUUGAUUAAGGGUGAACACUGCCAUACACCAAUGUCGAAACAUGAGCUCGAACAGAUCGUAAAACCGGGAAAUAUUUUAGAGCUAUCCGCACUGAAAAGCGAUGAGCAAGUAUCCAAUGACGAUACGGUGGACUCUAUCAAUUUGCUGAGUAUGCUAAAGCAGCAACUUUUUACGUAUCCCGCCGGACGUGGUACCAUCUGGGACAAAGGUGAAAACAAAUAUUUCUCAUUUUAUUUCGUCACCGACAACAACAACAAGAGGAGUGAGAAUCCUUACAAGGUGUUCUAUCAGCAAUACCGCUACUCGUUUGCAUCGAUCAACGAAGACGGCACUAGUCAAUGGAUUUGCUGUAAGUUGAUCAACACUAACACGAAACAGGGAGGAACAUGCACGGCCCAUCUUACCAUCGAAGGGUUAUUUAAACGUAUAACGGCUAAAGGCAGCCACAAUCAUGACGGUAUUCCCAAAACUAUGGUGGAAUAUCUGUGCAGUAAUAGUAAUAAUGUGAUGUGAAUAGUUGUAGGAUUUGGGUAAAUUGUAUUUUAAAAAGUGUCAUUAUUUAUUAUCUCGCUCUAUCGAAUAAAUCGCCAUUUCUCGCUUGAAUAGUAAGUCAAUAUUAGUAGGAAUUUUUUUUAAUAAAAUGAACAAUAAUGUGUGAGUGCAAUGGUCAACUAUCUGUUAUCCGAAUCAGACCAAUACGGUAUGACUUAACCUCAU